UAUCCUGGAGCCGCCGCUCGGGCGGCGGGACGCUGGGGACGCGGAGACGAGGGGCGGGCCUGCCGGGGCGGGGCCUGGGAGGCGGAGAAAGCCGCGGCCGCCCGGAGCCCAGUCGCGUGUUCCCAGCCCCCGGAAGUGGCCGUUGUAAACUUCACCUCGCCGACUUUCUCCAUCCUGGUCCUAGAGUCCAUCGGCUUUCCUCAGUUGUCACUCCUUCUCCCGAGGGCUGCCUGGCCUUCCACCCUAGACCUGAAGCUGCCCGGGGGUCGUGGGUGUGCAGGCUGGACCACUCGAGCCCGAGACUUUAGUCCAUCUAACCUGUAAGUCACAGACAUCAUCAUAAAGAAGUAUAUCAUUAAGAAACAGUGGGCUAUUGUGAAAAAUUGGAAGACUUACCAUGAAUUUAAACACUUCAAGUAAUGCCACUACUGGGGAUACCCAAAGGUUGAAAAAUGCCUCAUUGGAUGUAAAGCAAAUGCUUAGAAAUGAAACCGAGUCAGACAUCACUGCCGAUCUCAGGAAGAAACUCCAUCGGGCUAAGAAGGAGAAACUAGAAAUGACGACGAAGCACAACACAGAGCUGUCAAGCUACGAGAGCCAGAUUGCCAGGCUGCGAUCUGAGGUGGAGAAGGGGGAAGCACUGCGACAGCGUCUGGAGUAUGACCUGGCUGUCGCUAGGAAGGAGGCUGGUCUGGGAAGACGGGCGGCUGAGGAGAGACUGGCCGAGGCACAGAGGACCCAGGAGAAACUCUACGCUCAGAAUUCAGAACUUCAAGAAAAGGCAAAUGAAAUUGAGAAAACAUUUCAGACUUCCCAAGAGAAAUGGAAAGAAGAAUGCAGGAGAUUUGAGCGUGAUUUGGAGGAAAGAGAUAAUAUAAUUCAAAAUUGCAAUCAAGAAUAUGAGUUACUUAUGCAGGAAAAAAGCAGGCUACAAACAACUCUACAGGAAGCACUGGAGAAACAUCAGCAAGAGAAGAAUGAGAUGGAGUCUCACGUCAGGGAGACUGCAUUGGAGGAGUUUAGAUUACAAGCAGAGCAAUGGGAAGCAGAGCGAGGAGAGUUACAGCUCAUAGUACAGGAGCAAGAUAGUGCUGUGAAAAAUAUGCAGAAAAAAGUGGAACAGUUGGAAGCCGAGCAUAUGGACUGCUCUGACCUUCUGCGACGACAAACGAGUGAGCUUGAGUUUAGCACUCAGAGGGAAGAACGCCUGAGGAAGGAGUUUGAGGCAACUACUCUAAGAGUGAGGAAGUUAGAAGAGAACAUUGAAGCAGAAAGAGCAGCACAUUUGGAAUCAAAAUUUAAUUCUGAAAUUAUUCAGUUACGGAUUCGAGACCUUGAAGGAGCUUUACAAGUAGAAAAAGCCAGCCAAGCAGAGGCUGUUGCUGAUCUGGAGAUGAUUAAGAAUGAAUUUAAAGAAGUUGAAAGUGCAUAUGAACGAGAAAAACAUAAUGCACAAGAAAGCUUAACAAAACUGAAUUUAUUAGAAAGAGAGUAUUUCUCCAAAAACAAGAAACUAAGUGAAGAGAUCGACGAACAGAAGAAAGUAAUUAUAGAUCUUUCAAAGAGACUCCAAUAUAAUGAAAAAAGUUACAGUGAGUUACAAGAGGAACUUGUAAUGGCUAAGAAGCACCAGGCCUUCCUAGUAGAGACAUGUGAAAAUAACGUGAAAGAAUUGGAAUCGGUCUUGGACAGCUUUACUGUGUCAGCCCAGUGGCCAUCAGGCAUCCACAAGGACAAAGAUAAGCCUCCCAGCUUCUCUGUUGUCCUUGAGACUUUGAGGCGGACCUUGACAGAUUACCAGAACAAGCUGGAAGAUGCUUCUAAUGAGCUGAGCAGCAUAAAUGAUGCCAAGGAAAAGACAUCCAAUGAACUCGAUUCUACCAAACAGAAGAUCGAGUCGCACACUAAAAAUAUAAAGGAACUUAAGGACAAACUGACUGAGGGUCAUAAGGAGCUGAGUCAUCUCCGCACCAAGUGUGCGGACCGCGAGGCCCUCAUAAGCACGCUGAAGGUGGAGCUGCAGAACGUCCUGCAUUGCUGGGAGAAGGAGAAGGCGCGGGCAGCCCAGUGUGAGAGCGAGCUGCAGAAGGUGUCCCAGGCCUUUCAGAAGGACACUGAGGAGAAGCUAACCUUCCUUCACACCUUGUAUCAGCACUUGGUAGCAGGCUGUGUGCUCAUAAAACAACCAGAAGGCAUGCUGGAUAAAUUCUCUUGGUCUGAGCUUUGUGCAGUCUUGCAGGAGAAUGUUGAUGCCCUCAUCGCAGACCUCAACAGGGCUAAUGAGAAGAUAAGUCACCUGGAGUAUAUCUGUAAAAACAAGUCCGAUACAAUGAGAGAGCUUCAGCAGACCCAGGAAGACACCUUCAGCAAAGUGGCGGAACAAAUCAAGGCCCAAGAGAGCUGUUGGCACAAGCAAAAGAAGGAGCUGGAAUUCCAGUAUUCUGAGCUGCUCCUGGAGGUCCAGAGGAGGGCACAGAAAUUUCAAGAAAUUGCAGAGAAAAACAUGGAAAAAUUGAACCGUAUUGAGAACUCACAUGAACAACUGGUUCUUGAGAAUUCACAUUUCAAAAAUGCAUUGGCCAAGACUCAGAGGGAACAGACGUGCUUGCUGGCGGCAUGUGCGCUGAUGGCUGGAGCAUUGUAUCCCCUCUACAGCAGGUCAUGUGCCUUAUCCACACAGAGAGACUUUCUCCAGGAGCAAGUCAACAGCUUGGAAUUGUUCAAACUGGAAAUUAGAACUCUAGCCCAGGCAUUGACAGCGGUAGAUGAGAAGAAACAAGAAGAAGCCAAACCAAAGAAAAAAUCGUUCAAAGGACUGAUUCGUGUGUUCCGGAAAGGUGCGAUUGCCAUUUUGGCAGCAAACAGACUCAAGAUCUUGGGCCAAUCCUGUGCCUCUCUUUUUACCUGGAUGGAAAGCUGUAAAGAAGGCAUAGGUGUGCUGGUGUAUACGGGAGAGCCCAAAGACAAGCGCAAAUUUCCAAAGCAUCAAAGGGAGCAGUUACGUUGUUUACAAGCACUCACUUGGUUUACCAGUUCUGACCUUCUUGCUGGGAUUGUCAGUUCUAUGGUCGAGCUGCAAGACGUCAUUAGUAAAACAGAUCCAAAUUCCAGAAUUUGUGGACAUUUACUCAUAGGUGCAGCCAAGAGUUCUUUUGCAAAACUAAUGGAUAAAAUUAGUUUGGCAAUGGAAAGCAUACCUCUGCGUAGCAGCCGGAGCAUAACAUAUGUAGAAAAAGAUUCCCUGGUUCAGAGGCUGGCCCGUGGACUUCACAAAGUGAACACGCUGGCCCUGAAGUAUGGUUUGCGCAGCCAUGUGCCCAUUAUGAAAAGUACUGCAUCAUUACAAAAGCAGAUAUUUGGAUUUACCCAAAGGCUGCACGCAGCUGAGGUAGAGCGCCGAGCACUGCGUCUUGAGGUCACAGAGUACAAACGGUCCCUGAAUGAAAUGAAGAAGGAGCUGGACAAGUCACAGAACCUGCAGAUGCAGUUAAAUGAGUUCAAGCACUCCAAACUGAUCACCCACGAGAAGUUUGAAAGUGCAUGUGAAGAACUAAAUAAUGCAUUACUUCGGGAACAGCAGGCACAAAUGCUGUUGAACGAACAGGCCCAGCAACUACAGGAACUGAAUUACAGACUUGAGUUGCACUCCAGCGAGGAAGCUGACAAAAACCAGACUCUUGGAGAAGCUGUUAAGAGUCUCUCCGAGGCAAAGAUGGAGCUGAGAAGGAAAGAUCAAUCUCUACGUCAGCUCAAUAGACAUCUUACCCAGCUGGAGCAGGACAAGCGUCGACUGGAGGAGAACAUCCAUGAUGCCGAGAGUGCCCUCCGCAUGGCAGCCAAAGACAAAGAAUGUGUUGCUAAUCACAUGAGAACAGUAGAAAACAUGCUUCAUAAGGUCAGAGAUCAGAUCUCACUGUCACGGACUGCAGCAAGUAGGAAUGACUUCACCCUGCAGCUACCCAAACUGCACCUGGAGACCUUUGCAAUGGAGGGGCUCAAGGGUGGGCCAGAGGUUGUAGCAUGCCAGGCCAUGAUUAAAAGUUUCUUGGAUGUCUACCAGCUUGCAAGUGCUAGAAUCUCUACAUUAGAGAAGGAAAUGACGUCGCACCGAAAUCACAUUGCAACUCUGAAAUCUGAGCUCCACACAGCUUGUCUAAGAGAGAAUGAAAGUUUACAAUCAGUAAGUUCAGACCAAAAUGCUUUUGUCUUCCUUGGGUCUUGGGUCACAUGUAUAUUCAUGUUUAUAUUGCUCGCAAGAUCAUUUGGCUGUAUCUGUGUGUGAGUGUGUGUUUAUGUA